AGUCCAAGAAAAAUGUAGUCAGCCUCAUAGUUGGUGGCUCAGUGCAGUGCAGAGAGCAUGUGCAGCUCCUGUGCCAGGCUGGCUCAGAAGAAGCUGGCAAAAUAGCCUCAAGAGGCUGCAGCUCUCAUUGCUGGGCUCACAGAGGGAGAAAUUGAAGCUCAGAGCAGUUUGGCCCAGAGCCCAAAGGGAGAAGUGGCAGAGUAGAACAGUACCCCUGGGUCACCUACUUCCUGCUCCAGCCUUUCUUCAAGGGACCACAAUUGCACAAGGCGUGAGGGAGAGAACCAUACUGCUGAUGACUUCGAGGGAGGGGUCCUGGACAUGUGCUGCAGUGAGAGGCUGCCGGGUCUGCCCCAGCCGGUAGUGAUGGAGGCGCCGGACCAGGCCAGGGGGCUCUCGGAUGCUGCGCCCAGAGAGAUGCCACCGCCCCCAGCUCCUUCUCAACCCUCAGAGCCAGCUCAGAAGACACCACCUCCAGGCACUGCCAGGGGCCACUCCCUCACUGCGAAGAGCAGCCUGUGCCUGCUGGCGGCCUCCCAGCUCCUGCUUGCCUGCGGGGUGCUCUGGCUCAGCGGCUAUGGCUCCGUCUGGUCGCAGAACGCCUCUGACGUCGCCUCCUCCUCGCUGGCACUGCUGAGACAGCUGGGACCCAUGGCCUGGCUGGGUGUGGGAUCCUGGGAUGCACCCCAUCUGCUACUGGCCUCAGUGACUGUGGUCCUCGUCUCCACCCUGGUGUGGCACUUGCUGCGGGGUCCUGCAGAGCCCUCUGUGCCCCUGUCCCCUGAGGACAGGAGGCCAUCAGUCAGCCGCCAACCCUCCUUCACCUACUCGGAGUGGAUGGAGGAGAAGGGGGAAGACGACUUCCUGGACCUGGACCCCGUCCCUGAGACACCUGUGUUCGACUGUGUGAUGGACAUCAAGCCUGAGGCUGACCCUGCAUCAUUGACCGUCAAGGCCAUGGGUCUGCAGGAGAGGAGGGGCUCCAACGUUUCCCUGACCCUGGACAUGUGCACCCCAGGCUGCACUGAGGAAGGCUUUGGCUACCUCAUGUCCCCGCGGGAGGAAUCUGCUCGCGAGUAUCUGCUCAGUGCCUCACGUGUGCUGCAGGCCCAGGAGCUCCACGAGAAGGCCCUGGACCCCUUCCUGCUGCAAGCAGAGUUCUUUGAAAUCCCCAUGAACUUUGUGGAUCCCAAGGAGUACGACAUCCCUGGGCUGGUGAGGAAGAACCGGUACAAAACCAUCCUUCCUAAUCCUCACAGCAGAGUGUGUCUGACGUCCCCAGACCCUGAAGACCCUCUGAGUUCCUACAUCAAUGCCAACUACAUCCGGGGCUAUGGUGGGGAAGAGAAGGUGUACAUCGCCACACAGGGGCCCAUCGUCAGCACAGUCGGGGACUUCUGGCGCAUGGUGUGGCAGGAGCAGACACCCAUCAUUGUCAUGAUCACCAACAUAGAAGAGAUGAACGAGAAAUGCACCGAGUACUGGCCAGAGGAGCAGGCGAUGUAUGACAGUGUGGAGGUCACGGUGUGCCAAGUCAUCCACACAGACGAUUACAGGCUGCGGCUCAUCUCCCUCAGGAGUGGGACAGAAGAGCGAAGCCUGAAGCAUUACUGGUUCACGUCCUGGCCCGACCAGAAGACCCCCGACCGGGCGCCCCCACUCCUGCACCUGGUGCAAGAGGUGGAGGAGGCAGCCCAGCAGGAGGGGCCCCGCUGUGCCCCCAUCGUGGUCCAUUGCAGCGCGGGCAUCGGCAGGACCGGCUGCUUCAUCGCCACCAGUAUCUGCUGCCAGCAGCUGCGGCGGGAGGGCGUGGUGGACAUCCUCAAGAUCACAUGCCAGCUCCGGCAGGACAGGGGUGGCAUGAUCCAGACGUGCGAGCAGUACCAGUUCGUGCACCACGUCAUGAGCCUCUAUGAGAAGCAGCUGUCCCGCCCGACCCCAGAGUGACCCCCACACUCCUCGGGCAUCCCCCAUCCCCAGAUUCCAGCAGAGUCUGGGCUCUGACCCCCCAGCCAUCCUGCUCCUUCUCCUGCCCCUUCCCUUUGCUUCCUUCCCUUCUGUGGGUGUCCUCUCUGCCCCCACACAGCUCUUCCUUCUGUACAUAUCGGGGAGGGGAGUAGGGGCCAGGGGCGGAUGUUCCAGGCCUGGGUCCUGGGGUUCUGACCCACAACACACAAACCCGGGGCCUCGGUUUUUAACGACGGUUCGGGCGCUACUUGAUCCAAACGUGUCCACGCCGUGCUGCAGCCCAAGUGUCCUCCGCAGCCUGUUCUGUCUGUCCGUCCACCUCUGCCGUCUGAACCGGACACUGUGUCUCCCCGGCCUGGGAGAGGGCCACGAGCUCCAUGCCCCUGAGUGGGCGGCGUGUGGUUUCCCCCAGCUGUAGGUUCCAGGGGAGGCCUUAGCGCCUGCACGGGAAGUCCCUGGGUGAUGCACAGAAACCUCCUGGAGAGUGCAAGG